CAGCCCGGACCACCUCCGGCGAAGCCCCCCUGCCAGGCGUCAGUGGGGACGACGCGACCGACCUCUGGCAGCCCUGCUGGGCCAGGAUGAGCCCCAGCUGCACCCUGCCUUCCCCCAGCAGCCGCACGGCCCUGUAGAUGAGCCCCGCGCAUACGCUCUCCCCAGCACGCCGCCACGAAUGCUUCACCCGGCCGCUCACCCGCCCCACCAGAACCCAUUCAUGGUGGAUCUGCAUGACCAGGUGCACCAGGGACCCGUCCCUCUCUCCUACACGGUUACCACCGUCACGACGCAAGGCUUCCCCAUCCACGCCGGCCAGCACAUCCCUGGGUGCAGCACCCAGCAGCUCCCAGCAUGCUCAGUGAUGUUCAGUGGACAGCACUACCCGCUCUGCUGCCUCCCACCCCCGCUGAUUCAGGCAUGUGCCAUGCAACAGCUUCCCGUCUCGUACCAGACGUUCCCCCCCAUCAUC